UCGAAAUUGACAAGGUUAGUAGCGUCAUUUAACGCAUAUGAUGAUUUUGCCCAAAACCAAAAAAAGAAAAAGAAAAGUUAUGUCCGUAUAAAUAUAAAAAUCCAUCACCACAUUCAUACAGCAAAUGCACUAAACUCUCCCACCACAUCCCAUUCCCAUCCCAAUUUUCACGCACAACACACACCGAGCUCCGUCAUGGGCGCCACCGCCAACGGCACGUCAGCUCAGCCCCUCAAGUUCCUGAUCUACGGUCGCACCGGCUGGAUAGGCGGCCUGCUCGGCAAGCUCUGCGAGGCACAGAGCAUCGACUACGUCUACGGGUCGGGCCGCCUCCAGAACCGGGUCGACCUGGAGGCCGACAUCGCCGCCGUCAAGCCUACCCACGUAUUCAACGCCGCCGGCGUCACCGGCCGCCCCAACGUCGACUGGUGCGAGUCUCACAAGGUCGAGACCAUCCGCACCAACGUUGUCGGCACGCUCACGCUCGCUGACGUCUGCAGAGACAAAGGCCUCGUUCUCAUCAACUACGCCACCGGCUGCAUCUUCGAGUACGACGCCGCGCAUCCGCUCGGCUCCGGUAUUGGCUUCAAGGAGGAGGACACGCCCAAUUUUAUCGGAUCCUUCUAUUCCAAGACCAAAGCAAUGGUUGAAGAUUUAUUGAACAACUAUGAGAAUGUCUGCACUCUGCGAGUCAGGAUGCCCAUCUCAUCUGAUCUUUCUAACCCUCGUAACUUCAUUACAAAGAUUACUCGUUAUGAGAAGGUUGUGGAUAUACCAAACUCCAUGACAAUCUUGGAUGAACUUCUUCCUAUAUCCAUUGAGAUGGCAAAGAGGAAUCUCACCGGAAUCUGGAACUUCACAAAUCCUGGAGUUGUGAGUCAUAACGAGAUUUUGGAGAUGUAUCGGGACUAUAUAGACCCUAAAUUUACUUGGAAGAACUUCACUCUUGAGGAGCAGGCUAAGGUGAUUGUGGCUCCAAGGAGUAAUAACGAACUUGAUGCCUCAAAGCUGAAGAAGGAAUUUCCCGAACUCUUGUCCAUCAAGGAUUCCCUCAUCCAAUAUGUAUUCAAGCCAAACCGAAAGACUCCUGUAGCUUGAAGAGCACAGGUCCUAAUGUUUGCCUUGGGAUGACAAUUAGAUUUUUUUUUUUUUUUUUGCUCUUCCUUUAUCUGGGCUUGAAUACUUUUACUCUGUUAUUCCUGUUACCACAUUACAUGUAAGAGCUUGUUGUUCAUUUGUUGAUUCUGUGUUGUAUUAAAUUGCUAUUUUUAAUAAAUGAGAUGAAAUGUUAAUUUACUA